AUGAAAAAAGCUCUCGUUUCUCUCCUCUCCUUCCUAUCCAGCAUCGCCAUAGGCCAGCUGAUUGGUCCCGUGGGCCCAACAACAUCUCUAGGCUCAAAAACCACCGAGUGCAAUAUCCUUGACUAUGGUGCCGUCGCCGAUAACAGCAGUGACAUCUCCGUCGCCCUCGAAACAGCAUUCAGUAACUGCAUUCUUAGAAACCCGGGCAGCAAACUCAUCGUCCCCGAAGGCGAGUAUCUGCUCAAUCGCGGCGUGGUGCUGAGCAAUGCUACCAACUGGGCCUUUCAACUCGAUGGCUUGAUUACAGCGGCAUACGACGGUAACUGGACUAUUGAGCGUGAGUUUAUUCUCCAGGGCUUCGCGGGUGUGGAGGCCCUCAACGCCACGAUUAACGGAGAGGGUGACCAUGAGUUUCUGCUAGAUGUGCUUGUCAUUAUCAACGCCGUCGAUUUUGAGUUUUACUCCUCCAACGGUCGAGGAGCGAUCCAGGGUCAAGGCUAUAUUUACCGGAAUCUGAAUAACACCGAUCGACCUCGUUUGGUGCGCCUGAUAUCACCUACAAACGCUUCAGUUCACGACCUGAUCCUCGUCGACAGUCCCAAGUUCCAUAUCAUCUUGGACUUUGCUGUCAACGUCGAGGCGUACCAUCUCACCAUUCGUGGCGCUAACCUGGGUAGUUAUGAUGGUAUAGACGCAAUUGGGACGAAUUACUACAUACAUGAUAACGAGGUGACGAAUCGCGAUGAAUGUGUCUCUGUGAAGAGUCCAUCCCAUCACGCUCUAGUGGAGAAUCUAGUCUGUAACCAAGCAGGCUCAGGAGUAUCCAUCGGUAGCUUGAAUGUAUCUGCAGAGAUCUCGAAUAUUGAAGCACGCAACAUCAGCAUUAUCCAGGGCAACAACAUCGCUUUUAUCAAAACAUACCCCGGCGGAUCUGGCUACGUGACGAAUGUGACUUUUGAGAAUUUCAGAUCAUUAGCUAGCCAAUAUGGGCUGGAUAUCAAUCAGUACUGGCAGAAUACAUAUGAACCCGAUACUGGGUCAGUUACAUUGAGUAAUCUUAUCUUUCGGAAUUUUUCUGGAUCCGUGGCCAACGGUGCAUCACGACCUCCGCUCUAUUUAACCGCCAACGACCUGACAUUCGCGACGAAUGUUACUGUCAAAGAGUUCUCCGUCUGGACUGAAUCUGGUACUUCGGUUGUCAACAAGAUCAACAAUAUCUUCGGGACUGGCGAUGACAGCUACGGGCUUCAUAAUGGAAUUGCGUCUUUGAGUGCCGGGCAAACUCCAUACACGUGUACCAGUGUGUAUACAAUUACAGCGUCGCCAACGAAUUGGCAGCCGCCGUCGACUCCGACAUGGGCGGUUCCGAGUACGGGAUACGGCACUGCAUCGCCGAUACCAGUCUACACACCAGCGCCGUUGUGGAGGCCCGGUGGAGUGGACUAUGAUUUGCAUUAUUGGGGGAGUUUCUAG